AUGUUAAGAGCUAUUGUUGAAGCUGCUGGAAAGUCGACAUCGAGUUUCACCUCAGAAGAUGUGCCACACAAGCAGGCUCUACAAUUUGUUUAUCCCUAUGGAGCCACCCUAAACGUUGCGAAGCCAGCAACAGCCAUUCUAUCUACUGGAAGUGUUGCUUUUCCUCUAAACAGACCAGUUUGCGCCGUCCAUAAGCUUCAGCAGGAUCCGAAGGGAGGUGCCUUGGCAGUCGUCGGUAGUACCGCGAUGUUCACCGACGCGUACAUAACCAAAGAAGAUAAUCUUAAGAUAUUUGAAGUUCUUUUGACUUAUCUGACUACUGAUUCAAUCAAACUUAAUUCCAUCGAUGCCGAAGAUCCCGAAGUUGAAACGUACUACCAAGUUCCGGAUGUUACAAGUUUGGCAAAUAGUCUGAAGUCCUGUUUGCAAGAGAGCGAUGAAGUACCACAAAAUGUCACGCAGCUGUUUGACCCGGCUCUCUUUACAAUGGAUACAGUUUUGGUUCCAAGGGCUCUUGAGUCUUGGGAUUCAAAGGUGUUUCCACCUAACUUUCGGGAACCGGGUCCUCCAGCUUUGGAAUUAUUUGAUCUUGACGAACAAUUUUCCACCUCAAAAUCACGAUUGGCUCAAGUCACCAAUAAAUGCACAGAGGACGAUUUGGAAUAUUUUGUUCGUGAAUGCGGUGAUAUAUUGGCUGUUUCACGAAAACUGCCAGCAGAUAAGCGUACAGCUCGCAUGAUACUGGAGGUGAUUUUCAAUGAACUGGUGGAAUUCAAAAAGCUCAACCAGGAACCGGAAGAAGGUGGAACAUGGUGA